GAACGCUCCUCGGCCAGAGCUUCCAGUGUGUGCUCUAAACGCUCUGAAUUUACGAACGCACAGAGCGCACUCUGAGCGCUCUCUGGCACUCCAGAGUGAAUUUACGAACCUACCCUUUAAUUACAUAAAGGCUUCAAAAUUCACAAAAAGUGACGUUAGCUGAUGAAGAUGAUCUCAUAGAACCAGACCUUAUUACAACGAAGACGCCAUUACUAUUGCUCUCUAUUCCUAGGAUAGAAAACAAAAAACUGAAUCAAGCAAUAGCUCAAAAUUGGAACAAUUGGCCAUUUAUAUUAGUAAAAAAAAAAAAUGAAGGAAGCACGAGUUUCCAAAAGAUUGUCUGUUUUCUAUUGGAGAAGUCUGCUUUUAGGUAAUAUCGUUUCAUUGAACACUAUAUCCCAGAAAGCAUUGUGCCAAGGCAAAGCAGGAAGAGCUUUUUCUCGUAUGCAACUUCGGGAAGUUAGCCAGCAGGAGUGUGUUGCUCAGGCCCUGUGGACAGUGGUGUGUGUCAGUGUGUGUUACAGAAACACCAGCAGUGAGUGUAUGUCUGUCUGUAAUCAGCUUCCGCCGGCUGUUUGUGGCAUCGGCUGUGAAGUGAACAGGAAGACAGAGGGCUGAAGAGAGAAAGAGAAGAGAGAGGAAGCUGCCGUCAGCAUGACUGAGUUCUGGGUGUGUUUCAGCUGCUGCGUUGCAGAGCAGCCCCAGCCUAAGAGGCGGCGGAGGAUAGACCGUUCAAUGAUCGGAGAACCAACCAACUUUGUUCACACAACACACGUAGGCUCAGGAGACAUGGGCAUUGGGCUGUCAUCGGUGAACUCUGUUCAGGCCCAGAUGAAAUCUAAAGGAGGUUAUCACGGAGGGUCUGAGAGCAAUCAGGAAUAAUGAGUCUGAUAAGAAGCCUGUGCUAACUACUGCUGUAGAUCUGAAGAGGAGGCGUUGUAAAAACACUCUUAUCUGAACCAGACAAACGACCAAAUGAUGAAACCACUGCUCUGCUCCCCAGGAACCUGUAUAUAAUUCAUUUAUAUUAAAUCACCGCUAUCUGUCUGUCUGCCAUGCUGUUGCACUGUAAGAGUAGUCUGUGUGUGUGUGUGUGUGCGGCUGUGCGUGUGCCUGUGUGAACAAAUGUUUCCCCAAAAAAUUUCAGGAGUGUGUGGUCGUGUUUUUAGGUCUUGCCUGUAUUUAUAGUCGGAUUUGUGGAAAAAUUACCUUUCGUGUGGUGGCUGGGCCACUGUGGAGAUACGAAGCACAUGAUUAGUAGUAUCUGGUUCAUUAUCAAAUCAUAAACUAGAGACUUUUUAAACAAUGUCUGUUUGCAUCCCAAAUGGAACCCUAUUCCUUAUAUAGUGUGCUACUUUUGACCAGAGACACAUGGGCCCUGGUCAAAAAUAAUGCACUAUAUAGGCCAUAGGUUGCUGUUGGGGACAUAGGCCAUGUUAACUGCUUUAUUCUGUUAAAUAUCCCAUAUUCUUUGAGUUGCCUUCAGGAGUAAAUAGAGAAUGCUGUUUUCCAAUAAACUUGAAAUGUGUAGGUAGGGCACACUGGACCAUUUUGUUUCUUGUACACACUUGUUCAAAAGCUUUUAAGCUUUUGCAUUGAUUUCAGCCAAUGUGUUUUUAUACAUGUAUUUUUCUCAUUCAUUAGCUAGAAUCAUAAUAAAAAUUGUUUUCUAUGCCA